AUGACAAUAGAUCGUAGGCGUAUUCAAGGACCAGAAUUAAGCGUUGCUCCAGUGAUAAUAAAAUCUCCAAGCGAUAAAAAAUCAAACGCUUUAGUAGAUGAGAAUGGUAAUAGGCUUGAUGGAAGAGAUUUAGAAGAUAUUCGAAAAAUUUAUUUAAAAACCGGUUUAAUAAGUCAAGCUAAUGGUUCAGCAUACAUAGAACUAAAUCAAACUAAAAUUGCUUGUGGUGUUUAUGGUCCACGUCAAACAAAAUUUCCAUUGUUUAGUGGGAAAGGAACCUUAAAUUGUGAAUUGAAAUUUGCACCAUUUUCAUGUUUGAAGCGUCGACAGCCUUAUCGUGAUGUACAAGAAAGAGAUCUUUCACAAUUAAUUUUUGAUGCAUUAUCACCAUCUGUAAGACUUGAAUUAUUACCAAAAUCAACAAUAGAUAUAUUUAUAAACGUGUUGGAAAAUGAUGGAACUACAUCUUGUUUAGCUGCUGCUAUAACAUGUGCUUCGGUAGCUUUGGCGGAUGCAGGGAUUGAAAUGUUGGAUUUGGUUGCUGCUUGUUCUGCAUCAUUUAUUGGAGGACGAAUUUUUAUAGAUAGUAAUCUGAUGGAAGAACAACAUGAAACAGGUUCUUUGAUAUUAUCAUAUAUGCCAUCAUUAAAUGAGGUAACACACAUUCUACAAUCAGGUGAAGUGGAUUUUACACUUACAACACAAGCUAUUGAACAAUGUACUGAUGCAUGCAACAAUAUCUAUUCAGUGAUGAAUAAUAGUCUUAUGGAAUCUGCAUGGGAAUGGGCAUGGGCACCAGGAGCUGUUGGCACCAUGCCAGGUACUAGUACCACUGCCAAAGUGCCGCCAUUUUUUAUUUAUUUUGCACCAAUUCUUCUGCCCGUGCUUCAACAUUUUAGGCAUAACUCUCAAAUAUUUCACUAUUGUGUUUGCUUUUUGAUGGGAGAUCUAAUAAAAAUAUACUCUGACGACUUUAUUUCAAAUAUCUCACAUGAAAAUAGUAUAACAGAAAUAAUUGAUAUAAUACUAAAAAACAUUGGACAGAGGUAUUGCGUGAUAAUCGAAAUGCCUGGCAAUGUCUGUAUUGUCAAGCAAAACGCACUUAAAAAAAAUGUACAUUCACAACUUAAAGAAAUUCAGAAAAAAUCUAAUCCUCUUAACGAUCUGCUAGAAAUACUUAAGUAA